AUGGGAGCAGUAACAGCACCAGCGCCAUGGAAGCAGCUCCUUCUCAACGCAAUGGAAUCCAAUUCCCACCUCAGGCACUCUUCCUACAUUCAGCUUGCAACGAUUGGUUGUAAUGGGAGACCUUCAAAUCGUACUGUUGUUUUCAGGGGAUUUCAAGAGGAUAGUGAUAAGAUUCAAAUCAAUACUGAUGGCAGAAGUCGUAAGAUUGAGGAGCUUAAGCAUUGCCCUUUUGCUGAGAUAUGUUGGUACUUUACUGACUCUUGGGAGCAAUUUCGGAUCAAUGGAACAGUUGAUAUUAUUGAUGGAUCAAAUCCCGACCCCAUAAAACUUCAGCAAAGAGAGAAAUCGUGGGCUUCCAGUUCUCUGAAAUCAAGACUGCAGUAUUUGGGGCCCCAGCCAGGUCUUCCCAAUCUAAGUGAAGAACCACCCAAGGACGUCUCCGUAGAUCCUUCUACAGGCCCGGUUGGUGCAUUUUGUGUUCUUGUUCUAGACCCGCAACAGGUUGAUUACUUGAACCUGAAGAGUAACCAGAGGCUAACGUUUGCAUCCACUGGAAGUCCCAAUGAAGAGAAGUGCUGGACUUCAGAAAGGGUUAACCCCUAA